AUGGGAUACACUUGGGAUCAUACAACCCAACUAUACAAGACCCAUAAACCAGUUCCAGGUUCUAAUACUCGGCAUUUGGAAGAAGAUGAUGAUGAUGAGGAUGAUGAUGAUGAAGAGGAUGAAGAUUAUGGAGACGAGGAAGAGAAUAAUGAUGACAACUCUCAACCUAUGGAGCACGAUCAACAAGUCACUAGCCAUGGUAAUUGGCUAGGUACUACUCCUGGACAACAUCCAUUUGAUAACCAAGGUUGGGGAGAAUGGCAACACACCGGUUGGACCAGGAACCGGUCAUCCUAUAUGCCUACACCCUCUUCUCGACCUGAAAAUUCUGAAGUGUUAGAAAUGUUGAAAAACAUGCAAAUACAUCAACAAAAUUUUGCUACACUUCAAGAGGAGAGAUUUAUGGCCUUGCAAGAUCAACUUCAGAUUCAAGGUGACAACUUUGCAUCUUUUUCUUCCCUCUAA